AGCCUUGAUUGAUGAUGUUCGUUGUAAGGUUCUCUCUGUCAUCUAAUAUUACACGUUGCAGCGAAAGGGUAGUUCAAAUUCGUCGACAAUGUGAUGAUGAUUGAUGACGAUGGCCUUUAAGUGAUUGAUGACUAUAAUCGUCAUCAAUGAUGUCUCGUACUCAGAUCCCCACUCUAUUUGUUUCCGCGAAGGGCGUUCUGGGUAAAUUUCAACAUGGCGGUCUUACCUAAAAGCAGGUGUUGUCGGUAUGAUUUUAAUCACAAUUUAAAAUUGCUCAUUUAGCUCACUUUAGAUAUGUUGAAAGCCAAUGGAAAGCAUCUUGGAAUGGCGAGGAGAUGUAUACCAAGUCCUAGCUUGUUGUGGAAUGUUUAUUUUCCUUUCCUGGGUGUUGACAAAGCUCCUGGGUCUGACUUGGAAACGCGGUCUACGUGUUGGAGAUCCACACAAGGGUCAUCGUUGGUUUAUGACUGAAAUCCUUGAUAAACCGACGUAUUGUAACUUCUGUGAACGACCUCUAGUAAGAGGUGGAUACUGUGAAAAUUGCGGGAUUUCAGUUCACGAAGAAUGUAUCGACGGGGCAACAGAGAGAUUUGCUUGCAAAGUUCUGGUUCUGUCCAAGAGAAGCUACAUGAACCAUCAAUGGGUGCGAGGAAACUUGCCUCUUUGUAGCACAUGUAGCGUCUGCGGUUUUCAUUGCGGUACCGAACCCAGAUUAUGUGAUCUUAGAUGCGUUUGGUGCCAGGAUAAAACACACGAUCAUUGCCUUCGAAGUAAAUCAAACAUUUGUGACUUUGGAAAGUAUAAAACCAUGAUUUUACCUCCACAUUGUAUAAGUCUUACCGUGGAAAGUUGGCGGAGCAAGAAACGAUUUGUAGUUCGUGAAGUUGUGGUACCUCCCAUAAAAAACUGGAGUCCAUUGCUUGUGUUUGCUAAUCGCAAGAGUGGAGAUAAUGAAGGAGAGAGAUUAUUAAUGACGUUUAAAAGUAUACUCAACCCAGUGCAGGUGAUAGAUCUUCAUGAGGUCCCCCCUGAAUCUGCACUUGAGUUUUGUAAGCUUCUUCCAAACCACAGGACCCGUAUUCUGGUCUGCGGAGGUGAUGGCAGUGUUGGUUGGGUUCUUGGUGCCUUAGACAAAGUCAAAUUAAAGUUGCCUCCAUAUAUUGGCAUACUUCCUCUGGGCACUGGUAAUGACCUUGCACGGGUUCUUGGAUGGGGCAGCGGCUACGCAGGUGAAGAAGAUGUUAAUGAAAUACUGACAUCUAUCAUGACUGCUAAUGUGACUCCGCUGGACAGAUGGAAAAUAACCGUGGAGAGUAGCAGAAGAUACUUUGAUGUCAGAAGGCGUAAAAAGGUGUUUUGGAUGAAUAAUUAUUUUUCAGUGGGCUGUGAUGCCAAAGUGGUACUAAACUUUCACCUCCAUCGGGAAAGUCAGCCUUCUCUGUUUACCAGCCGCAUUAUCAAUAAGGCCGUUUAUGGAUUGUAUGGAGCCAGAGAUGUUCUUGAGCAAGACUGCAAAGAUCUUCAUGAACUUGUUGAGCUGGAAAUGGAUGGACGAAAAGUUGAAUUACCGGAAUUAGAGGGAAUUGUCAUUCUCAAUAUCAACAGUUGGUGUGGUGGCUGUGAGCUGUGGGUCAAUGAUGACCAGGAAACAUCUUCACCACCAAGCAUUAAUGACGGAGUAUUGGAAGUAGCCGGGCUUUACUCAGCACUGCACAUUGCUAGACUGCAAGUUAAUAUGGCUGACCCACUCCGUCUCGGUCAAGCAAGGACUGUUAAACUUACACUUAAGGACACCAGAUCCCUCCCGGUUCAAGUAGAUGGAGAGCCCUGGGAAGAAGGUCCUUGUGUGAUCACAAUAAGUCACCACAACCAAGCCCUAAUGCUAGGCAAGGGGGAAAAACAGCUCCUCACUUGAUUAUUCCCUGUGCUCCUGGUUCAGGCUUAGAAUUUCAAGUUCAAGGUGAUGCCAAGAAAAAUCCUUCAGCUGUACUAGCCGACUUAUCAGGCAUAAUUUAUUGCACCAAUAUACUGCAGCUAAAUUCAAGAGAUCAAUGAAUACUCGCGGAUGCAAUUUAAAUGACCCAUAUAGCUUGCCAGGGUUGCUCAAAACAAGGUGGACCAUACACACUCUAAAAUACAGUAAAUAUUGUGUAAGGAACUAGAAGCUAUGGUAUUUAAGCAAUAGACCACAAGUGUUUAUGGUUUAUAGGCUGGUAAACCACGCGGGAUGUUGGAAGAACAC